GAGGAGCAAAGGUAAAAUAAUCAUCGCACUACCAAUCACCAGCGUGCAUCUUCCUGAGAUCCAGCAUUCCAGCAGUGGAAAGCGGAGUCCUUCAUGGCGAGCUUCGACUGAUGGCACCUUCUUCUCUCUGUCUGUUCCCAGGAUGCAGUUCCAACAACACCAGCAGCAGCGUCGAAAAUUUGCAGCCGCCUUCUUGGCAUUCAUUUUCAUCUUGGCAGCUGUGGAUACUGCGGACGCAGGGAAGAAAGAGAAGCCAGGUAAGCAACCAAGCCAAGAAGCCAUGCUGCUCUCUUUUGAUUCCUUUGCACUUUCUACACAGUUUCUAAAUUUACUUACUGAGUCCAACAGAGCUGAUUCCCAGAUGGUUUUUAUGGAUGUUUCUCCCAUUUACAAUAGUCAGCCUCCUGCUCGCAAGCUAGCCCAACUGGAGAAAGCAGAGGGAAAUGGGGGAAAAAUCUGUGUAUUGUUUCUUCUAAGUGCCUGGAAAUCUGCAGUUAUUGAAUCCGCUGAGUGCAAAUACCAGUUCCAGGCCUGGGGAGAAUGUGAUCUGAACACGGCCCUGAAGACCAGGACUGGAAACCUGAAGCGAGCCCUCCACAACGCCGACUGCCAGAAGACGGUUACCAUCUCCAAGCCCUGUGGCAAACUGACCAAGCCCAAACCUCAAGGCCGACCUGAAAGGGGAAAAGUAUUCAUGAAGAUGGAUGGAAAAGAUGAAAGGGAAAUUUGUGUCUUAAGUGGAAUGUUGACAGCAAAGUUCCAAAACGUUGGAAUGAUGGAAGAGUCCGCAGCAAAUUUUAUAAGACUCUUGGCUAAUGUAGCUACUCCAUCAUCAUUUAGCCAGAAACAGCAGCCCAUGAAUCAGUAA